AUGUCAGGGAACAAUUCCCACAAGAGUAUCGAUUCCAUUUCCUCUCAAAAAGGUUUUCUUUGUGUCCCAUCUGAUACCUCAGCAACAAUUUCAAUAUCUCAAAAUAUUCCUAAAUACAAACUCUCAAAAACUUAUAAUAGCCCAAAUCCUACCCCCGUCAGAGGAAGAAGGUCAGUUCCUCAAAAUAAGCGGCAAGAAAAAUCCAUUGACACCAACAUUCCAAAAGGCCUCAACGAUAUCUCCAAUAUUUAUCAAGACUCCAAUUCUUAUCGCAGCGCCAGCAGUAGCCAAAAAAGUGAAAAAAUUGACCUAUUGAUCGACAAAUACAAAAAAGACAUAAACAGCCAAGCACAGCGUAUGCAAUACAUUAAAAGAAACAUGCAGGAAUAUGACCAAAAUAUCAAAGGCUUACUUGCACACAAAGCUCAAGAUGAAGAAAAAAGGAAAAUUUUGAACGAAACUGAAACGAAAAACAAAGAGCUUAAGAAGAGGCUUAAAAGCUUGACUGAAAGUGAAGAAGAAAGAGUUAAAUCGGAAAAUAAACAUCUGCAUGGUUAUUUGAAUGACAAUUUAGAAACCAAAACAAAAUUAGAAAGCGAAAUAAAACUUUUAAAGCAGGCUAACAAUGAAUUAGAAAAUCUACCUCAAUUUCCUUCACAAGAAGAACUUUUGCAUAAAAAUUUUGAAUUAAAGCAGAAUUACACCCAGCUUAGCUCAAGCUUAAAACAGCUGAAAGAAAUAACGAUAAGCCAAGAAGAGUGCAAUAAAAUUCAGAAUCAAUUAAAAGACCUUGAAGGCAUGCAAAACCAGCUGAUAAAUGAAAAUAAUAAUUUGAAGAAAGAGCUGUAUCAGGAGCAACGUCAACAAAUAGUUGGAAAAGACUCUGCCAUUCAAAAUAGAGCAUAUGCCAGAGAAGUCGCGCUAGUAAAAAAAGAACUUUCAUUGCUGAAAUGUUUGGCUAAAAGCAUAUUUACAGGACAAAAUGUAAAUUUAAGCUUUAUAUUAGGCCCUGGCCCAAUUACUGAGCUGGAAGGAAAGUCGAUAAGUGAAGGGAUUCAAGGCGUUAAAGAAGAACUCUCUGAGAUUAGACAGCUAGUCUCAGAAAUUAGCACUGAAACUUCAGACAAAUCAUGCUCUAUACAUUAA